CAAUUUUCCAUCCCGAACCUCUUCUUUAGAGCCAUGGCGCUUGCUGGCUGCUGCCCUCCAGCCGCGACUGCCUGCUGCUGUCUGAAGACUUAUGAUCGAGACGCGGCGGUGCAGCAGAUUUUGGCGCUGACCACCGACCCGGAUGGCCCGUCACUCCUGGGACGCUUGUGCUGGUGCCAAUGUCAGCCGAUUCCAAGGCCAACCACAGGCAUCGAAGAGGUGGACGAGAUCAGCAAUUUGGCCGGCGUGACCUUGCAAUAUGGAGCGGCGAAGACGUCUGCGAACCGCGUCCGUCGGGCGGACGUCGCCCCCGCGUGGCGUUAGACGGCGAAGACGACGGCGAAGGAAGACGUAUCGAGGGAAACCAUGUCACGGCCGGGUCCCUGGAGAGCCUCCGCUGGGCCACCUACGAUGCAGCCACCCGAACGGCCACCGCCACCGGAUUUGGUGGAUGGUAUCAGCCCUGGUAUACGGGCUCAUGGAGUGAACCGGCGGGCGAUCCCAUUUGGUGCUUUCUGCUGUGGCUGGCACGUGUGGGAAAUGCCACCUACGAGUUUCAAUUCUCGGAGGAUUUCCAACAAGCGGAGAUCAUUCCGAAAGGAAAUCUGGGUGUCUUUUGCUGCUGCUGUUGCCCGUGCAUCCCUGGGUGGGCGCCCAUCCCAAGCUGCAUCACACGGAACUACAUGGUCCAGGCGGACUCCUCGGUGAAGGGCGAUCACUGGGAGCGCUUCCAAGGCAACUGCGGACGGACGCCCAGCCUUUACUAUGAGAUCUACACGGUCUACACCAUUGAUGGAAAGGAGACUCAAUGGACCAAGUUGGCGAAGGAGCAAACAUCAGCACAGGUGAUGAUGACGAUUUGAUGAUUUCGCACGACGAUGUCGCCAGUUAGACCGGGCGCGACGAUGUAAAGUUGUAAAGAGCCCGGACGGUCGCACGCUAUGGUGUUAGAUUGGUGAAGAGUCCUAGGUAGAUUGCAGAAUUUGUAGAUGGAUUCCCUGAUUUUUUGUACUUUGGCAGAGUACUUGGAGAAUUCAGGCACAUGAGUUUGUUUGAUAAAGUGAUGACUGCGCUCUUCCACCAGGGGCGUUCACAAGAGGUAGUUUUGCUGCCGGCACUACAGUGAGCACUUGCCUAGCUACAAGCUAGAUGGGUGCCUAGUCUGCUUUUGCUUUUGCAUUGCCAUACCGAUGUUUGGACAAGGUGAGUUUCGACCGUGUUUCAGUCGGAGUGAUGUUGCCGAGCCGCACUGUGAGCAUCACUUUACAGACCUGGUUCUUGCAGAAGCAGGAGCCACAUGUGUUUUGCCCUGUAUGCGUUGAUUGUCUCGUCUCAUAUCGAGGCAGUAUUGCAAAUCCCACUUGAUGUUCAAAAAG